UAGGCCUAGUUGAAGUAGCUCAGUGAAGCGAAUCGCAUUCUCUUGAUUCGAUCCAGUCCUACUGAAGCGAUAAAUCGUACAUCUGAGUGUUGUGUGGGAGUAUACGUUAUUCAGUACUAUCCGUAGUAUGUAACACACCGGGCCGUGCUGUUAUUAAUAUCGAUUAUAACACGCUAAUGACAUUGACGUAUUGAAGGACAUACGGUUUGCAUCAAUCCUGUUAAAACCACUAAAAGCAUAUGACACUAGGUUGCCCCGUGGUUGGAAAAGUUUGAUUUGAGCUGCGAUAUUUAUCAUUUCAUUCUAUCACCAGCAAGAUUUCUUAGUUCUGGAUUAUUUCAAAGAAAUCAAGACCGACUCAAGUACGAUUUUUAAAAAAAAAAUUGAUUUUUUAAAUAUCGUAGUAGAACGGGCGUUAAUCUGGAAUGGAAUCGUUACCAACCCCAAGCAGGGUUGUGGAAGCAAAGCUGGUCCCAGAGAAGGAGAAAGUGAAACUGAGUGCAACUCAGGAAAACAUACUAGAAUCGAACUUCAAACAAAGUAAGAACAUUGACGAUAUUAUGUUGGAGAUUAUCGCAGCUGAGGCUGGUCUUAGUGUAAAGGACACUGAGAAAUGGUUUCAGAACAGAAUUGCUUUGUGGAGAAAACAAGAAGGAUUAGCACCAUCCAGCGGAUUUGUUGCCUAGGCUAGAGUGACUUGUAAUAAUCAGCCUAAACUUUCCGACAAAAAACGGGUGCUUGGCUUCUUAAAAGACUAAAUAUCACCUUUUGACAAUCACUCUGUGCCUUAUGAAAUUGUCAUAUCUAUAUCUGGAAGUUUCAUGUACCUCAAGUUUUAAGCAGUUUAUGGUUAAACUGUAAGAGACGCGAUUGUGUUCCAUUCAGCAAUAGGAUUGGUAUAUGAUGGCAUAUCACGGGGCCCCUAAAAGCUUGUGCCCUAUGCUCUCUUCUCCUCCACUGGAAAUCUGUUGAGCAAAAACAUUAUGCUCAAAUAGCUUUAAAAUCACUUAAAAUCACCUUAUUUUGUAAUGAUAAUUCCCCCUCAUUAACCAUUGAGUCCUUUACAUGUCUUCUCGCCCUUGCCCUACCAUAUAUCAAUACCCCUAAUACUCCACUGAAUGAGAAAGAGGAAACGUUUGGGAAUGGGUGGACCGGGACAAGGGGAGAAAUUCUGAGACGGAGUGGAGAGGUAAAACAGCAAAACACAAAAAAAAAAAAAAAAAAAAAAAAAAAGAAGAGUGAUGAUUCUUAAAAUACAGGGUUGAGGCUAAAGCGUGGUUUUCAUAAAAUAGCUACACGCUAUUGGUGAAUGCUGACUGGUCGGUCGGACUAUCUAUUUGGGAGCGUUCCCGACUGCGUCGAGAGGACAGCUGAGCAAGGUACCUAAUGAUUGCUGUGGAAACAUUGUACCGACAUUAUAGGGAUUUUAUGGAAACCAGGCUAUACAUUUAGGUAAAUCUGGGUAAUUUCAACACUUGUACGGCAACCUGCUUGCGGGGGUGGGGGUGGGGAAGUAGAAAUUCCCAAAGGCAACAACGAAGUCUGAAUUUAAUUGAGGACGUUACUGUCUAUAGUUUGAGUCACUAAAAACGUGUAAUCCUAACUGGCGGAUGAAUAUAUCCGAGGAGCGGUGAUGUUGCCAUUAAAUCAGGGUCCUGAUUAAAUUAACCGUUAGAAGCACAAUUAAUAUUUAAAGGCUCUUCAUGGCACAUCUCUUUCAUCUAAAAAUCUCCGCCAAUGAAUUUAUGGUGACACGUUCGUGUGAAUCUGCGAACUUCAGAACAUACGCACGUUACUAAUGAAUUGUAGAGUAAGCUAUAAAUAAAUUAUUAUUAUUAUUAUUAUUAUUAUACAUUAAAUAAUAAUAUGGAUGAAUACUGAAUUUAAAAGUAAAUUAAUUAAUUAUAUAUAUACAGAGAAAACAAACAAUGCGUAGGCAGUAAAGUUGUGUGCUGUUGGCCUAUUUGGUCAACGAUAGUGGCCACGUGGACACACGUGUCACGUAGUACGAGUAUCUUUGGUUACAAUGUUUGUCGGUCAAUAAAUAGACCACUACUGACCCUAGUCAUAUUCAAGAAAUAGGCCUAUGUCUAGAUUUUGUUAGAUAUUACAAAUGAUAUUUGUGUAACGAAUAAAUUAUUGUCUGACAAACA